AUCCCACCACGUGUAUCCCUUUCAUGUCUUCUCCUUCUCCCAUCUGUCUCUAUAUACACACACCCUUUCCUCAAAAUCCUCGUCGUCAUUUCUCUUUUACCCGUUCACUCCCACCACCUCCUUCUCACCCAUGGCCGAUCGUCCCUCAACCGCCACCGCCCUCAUCCGCCGCCUCCAGGAACAUGCACCCAACUCCCCGCAGCUCCUCGGCCUUCUCACCCUCUUCAUCUCCGCCUCCAUUCUCAUCUUCCUCAUCGGCCUUACAUUCACUGCCGCCCUCAUCACCCUCAUCUUUCUUAGCCCUGUCAUCCUUUUAACAAGCCCCAUCUGGGCUCCCCUCGUCUUCUUCCUCUUCAUCCCCGCCGUUGGGUUGCUGUCUCUGGGUGGCUUUGCGGUGGCUGCUGCAGCCGGGGUCUCGUGGGCGUACCGGUACUUCAAAGGGAUGCACCCACCGGGGUCGGAGCAGGUGGAGUAUGCGAGGAGCCGCAUUUACGACACGGCCAGCCAAGUGAAGGAUUACGCGAGGGAGUAUGGAGGGUAUUUGCAGAGUAAGGUGAAAGACGCAGCUCCUGGAGCUUGAUUAACUAAUUUGAAGAACAAUGCCCUGAUCUCAGGCGGCUGUUGUUUUUGUUUCAUAGUUUACGGUAGUAGUGUUUGGGCAGUGUGUUAUCUUCCGAGUCGUUGUGCUUUAGAUUUAUAAAAACAGAAAUAAAUCUA